CCAUGCAGGUCUGUUCCAGUGCAGUUUGACAGGGCUGGUGUUUCUGAUGAAGAGGGAGGGGGAAGUGCUGUACAGAACUGUCCAAUGGGAUGAGAAUCUCCUGCACUCCACAGGCCAGCCUCCUGCUGGACCGCUGUUCAGUAUUGAGUGUCUUCAGGGGUCUGUCUGUCAGCUACAUCUCCCACACUGUGAGAUUCUCUCUGCGUAUUCAGAUUUACUGGGACUAUGGUCCAAACUACCACCCCACCUUUCAGGUGUUCCUGAACCCAGACACAGAACAUGUAGAGCUGAGACUUCUGGAAAGAGGGGCUGAUGGAGAUAAGGUGUGGGCAGGACGUGUCCUUCUGCCAGGUGCUGUGUUAGUGGGAAGGGAUCAGGCAGAGAACAGUCACAGUGAUCCUGCAGAGAAGCAACUGCAUUCUGUACGAAAGGACUUUGUGGAUCGUGUGUCAAAGUCGGUUGUUGACGAUCUGCUGGAUUGACUUCUGCAACAAAAAGUGAUUAAUAACCAUGAAAUGGAGACAGUAAAAGUGAUCCCUGAGAGGGCAGAGAAGGCCCGGGAAGUCAUUGACAUGGUGCUGAGGAAAGGAGACGUUUCAUGUUUAAUAAUGAAAACCCUUCUGAUUGAACUGGACCCCUUCUUAUGCAAAACGCUUGGCUUCCACUGAAACAUGAUUGGAGUAUGAUGCAUUGAUGAGCAUGGCCAAUGACGUCUACAUUCAACAAUACAAUUGAUCUGUAGUUUGCAUAUUGAGCUAAAUCUAUUUAGAUUUUUUUGGAAUUAGCGUAUUAGGCUGAUCACUUCUCUAUCAUUCAACAUAACCUCAAUAUACAAUGUAUUGGGCUUUCUUCAAUAAGCCCAACAUGAUGGAUUUCAGGUUACAGUGAAUCGUGUAUAUAGUGUCAAGUUGAAUCAUUAUAAAUUCACAGAUGAAUUGCACUUUUUCUAUUUUUGAAUAAGAAUUUGUUCUUAACUGACUUGCCUGGCUAAAUAAAGGUAUAAUAAAUGAAUAAAAUUAAUAGUCCUUAAAUGGUAAAAAUAAAUGCGGCAGUCGAUGCCUCUCCUUGUUCGGGUGGCGGUCGACGUCACCGAUCUUCUAGCCAUCAUUGAUCCAUUUUCCAUUGGUUUUGUCUUGUCUUCCUACACACCUGGUUCCAAUCCCAUUCAUUACCUGUUGUGUAUUUAACCCUCUGUUUCCCAUCAUCUCUUCCUACACACCUGGUUCCAAUCCCAUUCAUUACCUGUUGUGUAUUUAACCCUCUGUUUCCCAUCAUGUCUUUGUCAGAGAUUGUUUUAUGUUCAGUUUCGUGUUGUUUGUAUUUGGUGCACGACGGGUCCUCGUACCCAAUUUGUUUCAUUUGUAUCUAUGGUUUUGGGGUUAUGUUUUGUUUUAUAAAAUUACUCCAUUUUACCAAGUUUAAUUCUCCUGCGCCUGACUUCCCUGCCACCUAUACACACGAUUAUGACAAUGAGACAGUAAUUCAUAGUUCAUAGCACAUAACAAAUACUGUACUUUGGAAAUUGAUUUUGUUUUUGCCACAACUUCAUGUGCAGACUCAUAAACCACUGCUUAGUUGAAUAAUUCCCUUGUCGUGAUGUUUUCGUUAUGUUCCGUAGCGACUAGGCAUAUCUCACAACUAGUCUCUGGGAACCUCUGAAGACGCCUCCCUGUUAUUAGGAUCAGUAUCUGUAGGCCAGUUUACGUUUACACCAAUAAGGCCUAGAAUGACUUACUGCUGGGAUUGCAUGAGAUAGGCACAGGCUAUGAUUCUCCCCUGAAAAUAAUGUCAUAAUCAUAUCUAUUGAGGAAGUAACAAACUGUAAAUAUUCAGCUCCCACCCUACCAUGUCAAAAUGUCAGUUUGAUACUAUGUGUACAACAAUGGAUACACUAAAUCUCCAUCUCACUAACCUAACCUUGCUCACUGAACAUAGACAGAAGACUCUGAAUCUGUCCACAGCUCUACUUCCACAUCAGAGGACCCUUGCUGUUGUGACAAAAUUGACACCUGAAAUGUCCACAGAAUUUACAGACACUUUGUGCAGGCUCCAGUGCUCCCAUGCAGGUCUGUUCCAGUGCAUUUUGACAGGGCUGGUGUUUCUGAUGAAGAGGGAGGGGGAAGUGCUGUACAGAACUGUCCAAUGGGAUGAGAAUCUCCUGCACUCCACAGGCCAGCCUCCUGCAGGACCGCUGUUCAGUAUUGAGUGUCUUCAGGGGUCUGUCUGUCAGCUACAUCUCCCACACUGUGAGAUUCUCUCUGGAGAGGGUCUUGAUUCCCUGUCUGUGGCCCAUGUUACUGGUGACAGUGUGGAGGUUUUACCACCACUGAGGGUGACUGACACACACGUAGUGGUGAACAUCACAGACCUCUCCGUAUGGGGCCUGGUCAGAGUGUUUAUACCCUUCCUCUCCAAUCAUUCGGCCAUCCUCAGUCAGUUCUGAAUGUAAUCGUCCUGCCAUCAAAUGUGCCCCUUAAUGAGGCAGGAAAUGGCCUGAGAGGGGCUGAUGGAGAUGAGGUGUGGGCAGGACGUGUCCUUCUGCAAGACUUCUGCAACAGAAAGUCUGCAGUAAACUUGAAAUGGAGAAAGGGAAGGUGAUUCUUGAGAGGGCAGUGGAGGCACAUGAAGUCAUUGACAAUCCUGUCCAAUAAUGAAAAGCCUUCUGGUUGAACUGGACCCCUUUGUUUUCCACUGAAACAUGUUGGAGUAUGAGGCAUUGAUGAGCAUGGCCAAUGAUGUCUGUGUUCAAUGAUACAAUUGGUCUGUAGUUUGCAUAUUGAGUGAAAUCUAUUGCCAAUUCACCUUAUUAACACUGCGUCCAUUAAUCAUUUAACAACGUUCAUUUUACAACGUUAAAAUGUUCUAACGUGAUAAGAUGUUGAAACCAAUGCAAAAACCUUUGUAAAGUGUGACCUGUAGAUAAAACAAAUGAUUCACACCUACACAUGAUUUGGGAUAGUGAGAAGAACAAUGCAAUCACAUUGUCAUUGUCAUGUGUGCUGAUAUGAACUGAUAUGUCAAUGUAUUAUUUACCUGCACUAGCUGUCUAUGUUAGAACAUUAAGAUGUGAAUAAGGUCUAUCCCGUAGUCACAUCAUAUUCUGUUUGACAUGAACAUCCCCUCCAUGAUUUGUUACGACGCAAUUUAACUUUCAUUCAUUUCAUUUUGUAUUUUUCACCUUUAUUUAACCAGGUAGUCCAGUUGAGAACAAGUUCUCAUUUACAACUGCGACCUGGCAAAGAUAAAGCAAAGCAGUGCGACAUAAACAACAACACAGACUCACACAUGGAAUAAACAAACAUACAGUCAAUAAUACAAUAGAAAAAGAGUCUAUGCUAAUAAUAGCUAAUCAUUUUGAUUGGGUAUAGUAUUUUAGUCAAAUACAAAAAUGAAUUUAUUUUUGUUAACAUGA